AUGCCUCUUGAGUUUGGUGAUGACUUCUGUCCGCCCUGUGAACUGAUUGCUUGGGUUUGGCGCAAGGGGGAUGACCCCUUCGGACGUCAUCCUAUUGCCGUUGUGGAUGUUGUGGAUGUGCAUCUGCCGGAGAUCCGUACUAUCAGUGUUAGCGAUAUUGAUUGUGCUGUUCUCAACAAGAACACCGUGAGCGCCCUCAAAAACGUUCACUGCGCUCAUGUUAAGAUAUCAACGAUGGAGAAGUUUCGGAUGAGAGAGGGAAAGGAAGAAAGGGGAGCACCCAGACGCCAAAAGACGCCACGAGGCCACUUACCUGCUUCUGUGGACCGGCUCGACUUUCUAGCAUGUUGGUUGGCACCUACAGGGCUCACGACCAGUUCGCUGGCGUUGAAGCUAACGAUUGUUUACGCAGCUGGCUCUAUUAAUUCUCACCGUAUUCUCUCGCACAUCCACAUUCGCUCACUCCUCCUAAACCAACGGCCAAUGAAAGUCGAUUUUGUAGUUCCCUCAAAUUGCACCCUUCACUGCACAGGCACCUCGUCUACGCCUCCCAGUUUCCCAUCCCCUCCCUCAGGUUCGGAAGUCAAGCAAUUCUUCACCCUUCUCACCUUCCUCCCGACUGAUGUCGAUCAUUAG